AUGCGUCACACUCGCAACCUCCGCGAUGUCGAGGCCAACAAAGAGGAGAAGCCUGCCAACUGGCGCGACUGGGUCUUGGUCUUCCUGUGGAGCUUUUUGGGUUAUAUGUGCAUCAUCUUGACGGUGCUAACCUACUUCAAUCCGGGGAUCUUACCGUUCGAUGUCACUUCAGUGCUGUUCCGAAAGGAGGUCUCUCCGUUCUUCGCAUUCUCGCAGGGAUCGAACCAUUACUCCAAGCCCCAGGGCUUCAAGAUUGUCGCUCUGGUUCCUUUCACUAACCGUGAGCCUACAUCAAUUCUGGAAUGCUAUCUGCAGAAAAAUUUGGUUCAUAAUGAUGGAUUCCUUGACCAGGUUGUCUUUGUGCCGCAGGCGAAUGACGCCCUUAGCAUGGAAUGGCUGUAUUCAAUCGUCAAUCAAACACCCGAAUAUGCUAUUGCUCCAGCCGGCCAGGACAUGGAGUGGAAGUCUGUAAUGAACAAUGUGAUGUACAUCCGAAUUGACGGCGACACCGUGUUCCUGGAAGAUCACACCAUUCCAACAAUUGUCAACACGAAACUUAAUAAUCCCAGCUCCAUUAUGGUGUCAGCCAAUGUCGUGAACGAGGCAGCUCUCGCAUCACUUCACAGUCAUCCGGGUAUUGCACUUCCAUAUCUCCCAGAGCUAUACCACGUCGACCAACCAUCCCGAUCAAACUCUGAACUGCAUCAAGAUUGGCGAGCUUCAAGUCUCCCACACUGGCAAGGCCCCUUGAGCUUCAGAAUCGACAAAGACUUUGAACCGCCUUUCGAAGGCCACCGCUGGUUGCUGCCUAGCGAUAAGAGCAUUGAUCGAGACCCUAUCUCCGCUUCAGUAUACACCGACACUGGUCCCACCCUAGACGACUGGACAGUCGGUGCACAGCAGCACUAUUCGUUCUUGUACCACCUCGAAGACAAUGACUUGGGACGUUACAAGUUCCCGAUCUGGGUCGAUCCCACUGAGCCCAUCAGCCAAAACUUUGGAUGCUUCUGGGGCAAUGAUGCGGUGGCUGUGCACCAUAUGUUCCGCCACAACAGCAAGACAACAACUUCUCAUCCAAAGAAACCGGAUGGAAAUCGCCCGCAUGUCAUAAUUGAUGGCAAGGGUCUCGUUUCGCAUUAUUCUUCCCGUCAAGGUGCGGCUGGUUUGGAUGCUACGGAUCUUCUGGCUCGUUAUCGAGCAUAUGCAGAAGAGCGAGUGUGCUUGCAGACAGAGUAA